AUGAUAGCUAUUAACAGAAGGUACUUCAGUAUUCUGUUGGCCACGUCUUUGGCUGUAGGUUUGCUUAGGCCUCACCACUGACCCAAGAUUUUCGUUUAUAACGUCUCAGCACGACAAAAUAGCACAUUUCGCGGUCUUUGCACUGGAAUCCUGGCUUUUUUGUAAAUCCAUAGGCAUAAGAUCAGUAGAAAUCGACCUGCGAUUUAUAGGCUUGCAGAGGACUGCCAUAGACAAAUAUGCGUUGGCGUUGAUUGGCUGCACCGGAUGUGCAGGCAUAGGCAGUGAGUUCGCACAGUCCGUGCUGUCACAGGGUCGUCGCAGAUUUGAUCCAUGGGACAUCGCUUGCAAUAUAUUCGGCUCACUGUUGGGAAUCGCUUCUGCGUAUGUAGCAGACAGGGGGAUUUGA